UGAGAAAUAUGACAACUGAAACGUAUAGGCCUAUGACAGAUUCGUGGCUAACAGAAACUCUAGUCACCGCAUUAGAUGGUCAUAGGCACAGUGAAAAAGACGGUAGUGGAGGUGGUGCCGGGGUUAGUGGUGGAGAUGAAACCCAGGGGUGGGGAGUGGGCGGGAUUGAGAACAGCAUCCCCGUGCGCAUCACCUACACCAUCAUCGCUUGUCUGGGCAUCGCCGGUAAUUUCAUCGUCAUCUUUGCCUUAAUCAAGGUGCCCUCGCUGCGCAAUUGCACUAGCUACUUCAUCAUCCACCUGGCUGCUACGGACCUGAUCACCUCUAUCUGGGUCAUCCCGUUCCACAUGCUGUCCGUGGUGCCUCACAUCCCCGAGGGGUUGGGUGGGGAGUUGGUCUGCCGUCUAUUCCUCUCUAAGUAUCCACUCUGGGUGACCAUCUUCGCUUCGGUGUACAGUAUGGUCUGUGUGACGAUGGAGCGCUUCUUUGCGGUGGUCUAUCCGCUCAAGUACAAGGCCCUGUACACCACCUCCCGUAUCGUCCCCAUGAUCGUAUCUUGCUGGCUGGUGGGGGCGGUGUCCAACUGGUUUUUCUUCUACAACUACGACUACGUAAGCGGGAAAGGUUGCAUCUUCGUGUCUUGGCCCAGCUCGGCUGUCAGCGCGGUCAUCGGGGUGUACAUCUUUGCUGUCGUGUACUUCAUUCCGAUCACAACCAUGUUGGUAGCUCACUGGAAGAUGAUCAAAUCUCUGAAGAAACAAGCAUCAUCGCUUGAAGGAAAAGCCUGCAGAGGCGGUGCUUGUAAGAAGCAGGCUUGGCAGCUGCAGGUGGCCCAAGAUCUCAGCCGCAUGCUGUUGGUGGUGGUGGUGACCUACGCGGCCUGCUGGCUCCCCAACCAAGUCUUGUUCCUGGCAUACAAUCUGGGCGUUCCAGUCAGCUUUGCUAGUCUCCCCUUCCACCUGUCUGUCAUCCUAGCACUCUGUAACUCCUGUAUCAACCCCUUCAUCUACACGCUCAAGAAUGAGCAGUUCCGAAACGGCGUGAGGAAGGCACUGUGUCUGAGGGCAACAGGGGUCGUGGAGCCAGCCGCUAACUCCCUGGAGGGGGCUGAACAGAGAACGGCCAACACGCGAAGUACCAACGUAGAAAGCAUUGCAUGAAAGUUAUACAUAUAACAGGUUUUGCCCUUACCCAACGUAUAUAUUAAUAAGCACUGCAUGCUCAGUGCUUG